AUUGUAGUCCUCCGAGAUUGAUAGCACUUCAUGUAUAUCUUACAGGUUAUUUGAUUAUACUACUACGCCUUGGCAUUCAAAUGAUAAUUAUUUUGGAACAUAUUUAAAAUAAUUAAUUCCAAGCUUCAAACCGGGAGAAUAAUACUGUAAUUCCACAGAUGGAACCAAUGGUUUUCUUCUAUGUCUACCCGGAAUAUAUUGGGGUAACACCACCAUGCUUGUGAUAGUUGUAAGGAGUGGUGACCGCUGCAUGUAAACAUAUUUUACAGGUGUAAUAUGUCAUUACAAUUUUGGGGGGUCGUCUCCGGUUGAGCGUAAAUUAUAAUAACAAUAUAGAAUGGCGCGGGUUGUUAAAGUUUUUCGGACCUUGCGUAAUCAUUGGAAGAAAUCCACAUUUGCUGUGUGUGUUCUAUCUUAUGGAACUCAUUGGCUUUAUGGUAAAUACUGUGACAGUGUAUUGCGGAGAGAGGCUUGCCUCGAAGCCCGGGAAUUUGGGCGCCAGCUCAUAGCACCAAAUGAGCGCUUAAAGAAGGCUACCGUGAUCCUUAACCCUGCAGCUUGUAAUGGGAAAGCCAACAAUUUGUUUGAAAAGAAUGCUGCUCCUAUUUUACAUCUGGCUGGCAUUGAAAUCACAAUUGUGAAAACAGAUUAUGAAGGUCAAUCCAAAAAAAUGAUGGAUCUCAUGGAACACACAGACAUGUUGAUUGUAGCCGGAGGAGAUGGUACUUUGCAGGAAGUCAUCACAGGUUUACUGCGGAGGUCAGAUCAAGACUCAUUUAGUCAAACACCAAUUGGAUUCAUUCCACUUGGCUGUAGAAAUGCCAUAAGCACCAGUCUUCACAUCCUAAGCGACAACAAGGUCAAGGACAUUACGUCAGCGACUUUGUCCAUCCUGAAGGGAGAAACAGUGUCUCUGGAUGUACUACAGAUACAAGGCGAAGCAGAGAAGCCUGUCUUUGCUCUGAUGGGACUGCGAUGGGGUGCUUUUAGAGAUGUCUCCGCAACUGUUAGCAAAUAUUGGUACCUUGGACCACUGAAGACAAAUGCUGCUCAUUGGUUUCGCACCCUUCAGGAGUGGCCCUUAAUACGUGACGUCACAGUCAACUACUUGGCUCCCACCAUUCGGCCCCCCGACUCGCCUCCUCAUAAGCCUCCCAGACCCAGCCUGCUAUUUCGGAUUAUCCGCAGGCUGAAAAACUACUGGAAUCCACCCAAAGAGGAGCCCCCAAAAGCAGAAGAAACAGAGCAAUGGAAGGAAAAGAAGCUAUCUUCAGUCGAGCUGUUUAUUCAAACGCAUAACAAGAACCCUGUCGAACGUCGCCUUAAUGACUCCAUGAUGAUUUGUGCAGAGUCUGAUAACGUCACUGUUGGUGAAUUCAUCACUGUCGGAACCCAAAAACAUAACGACCCAACUGUUUUCACUGCAAACUCCAAAAUACUGGAAGCCAGUGCUUGCCGGCUGCAGUUGCCAGAGGGAAUCGGCGGCUUCUUCAACAUUGACAAUGAGGAAUAUGAGGUCAUGCCUGUUGAGAUUAGACUGUUGCCACGGAAACUACAUUUUUUUAUGAGUGCAGAGCGCAGACAACAGCUUCUGUCACAGGUGCAGUUAACAGGAAUUGGAGAAGAGACAAAAAGACAUGAAAAAAAAUGAGAAGCAACACCACCUUAACAAAAUACUGUAUUAUGAAACAAAAACAACGCCCCCUCACCAUCAUUUUUAAACUGUCAUUAACUGGUGUCUGUCUAUAUCAUGUAAAUAAAGAUAAAAUGGUUUUCAGUUACAUUGCAUAAUGAUUUUAGCCUGUAUUCCAUGUAUACAUUGUCUUUACUUUAUUAACAGCCUUUUGUCAACAGUUUGUGACUUCUUUAUCAUGUUUCAGUAAUAAAUUGUCCUAUAAAACUCAAAUUAACAGUAAUUGUGGAUUAGGCCUAAAGACCUGGCGCCAUAAAGAAGUGCUAAAGGGUAAGCUUUCUGAAAUGUAUCACUAAACUUAAACUAAUACCGUGAAACAAUUUAGUGUAGAUAUGUAAUAUUCAAGAGUUACACACUAAAUUGCUCAUAGGUGUGAUUGUGUCUGCAAAUGGUUGUUUUUUUGUUUGUUUUUUUUUUAUCUGCCCUGCGAUUGGCUAGCAACAAGUUCAUGGUGUACCCUGCUUCCUGCCCGAAGAUAGCUGGGCCAGACUACAGCACUCCCGCGACCCUCAGGGGGAUAAGCGGCUCGGAAAAAAUGUAGUAUUCUUUAUUUUCACCAGUUUAAGUAUAAAUUCCUUUUUGGUUUGGCUCUUGCACGUGUAAUCUACAAAGUGUUCAUUGGGUGUAAUGUCACAAAUGUGCUCGAGCCUUUCCCAUGUUGCCAUUUUUGAACGCCUAAACUGAACUUUUUGGCAAGACAAAAGGAUGGUUGAGAUGGAUGUAAAAUAAAUGGUGACAGAACAACCAUC